UGCGCAGGCUCAGUUUUCUCUCUGCUCCUUUAGAACACCUUGAGGCUAGCAAGCUAGAUUAGCAACGGCUCCGGCUGGCAUGAUGUUUUCUGCCGUGGUUCGGCUUUCAGCCUCAGGAAUUAGAAGUUUAGCGCGGGCAGGUCCCUCUUAUACAGCACCUCUUGCCUCGCGAUGCUACUCACAUGCCAAGGCGGAGACAGAUGAGGAGUUUGAUGCUCGCUGGGUAACUUAUUUCAGCAAACCAGACAUUGAUGCCUGGGAACUCAAAAAAGGCAUGAACACCCUGAUUGGGUAUGACCUGGUCCCUGAGCCAAAGAUCCUGGAUUCAGCACUAAGAGCCUGCAGAAGGCUCAACGACCUGGCCAGCGCCAUCCGCAUCCUGGAGGCAGUCAAGGACAAAUCAGGCCCCCAUAAAGAGAUUUACCCCUACUUGAUCCAGGAGCUGAAGCCCACGCUACAGGAGCUCGGCAUCUCCACACCUGAGGAGCUCGGCAUUGAUCAAAUCUAAUCAUACAUAUUUUGGUCUUGUGAAGUGUUCACCAAGAUCAAAUUCUGCAUUUGAAGACUCUGCCUUCUAUUUGGUUCUGGGAUGUUAGACUUGAUCCCCUCUGUGUCCUGUUGUGUAUAAAGGUUAUGGACCUAAUAAACAGAGCAAUGUACACUUUA